GUGGCGGCGGCGGCAUCGGCGAGGUGGUAGAGACAGAGAGAAAGAGAGAGAGAGGGAGAGGGAGAGAGGGGAGAACCUUCAGCAGUACAGCUCGUACGCGCAAAUGCAUGGCAGUGCCGGGGUGGGAUUUUUAAACGCACCCGCAGACGGUCCCCAACUGCUAGUCCUAGGGAUUCUGGCUGCCUGAGAUUUUGUGAGAACUUAAAGAUCUCACCGCCGGGUACCAGCAGCAUCUUCAGCUCCCUCACACAUACGCAGACACACACGCGCGCGCGCGCGCGCACACACACACACACACACGCACACACACACACACACACACACACACACACACACACACACACACACAGAUAUCUAGAGAGCGCGGGGAAGCGCCCUUUCCGAGAGCCGCAGAGAGACGAACGAAAGGAACCCGGGCCUGGAAGUAAACUUUGGCUGCGAGAGCGAGCGAGGGAGGGAGCGAGCCGCGGUAGCCUAGUCGGGGCAGCCGUGCGUAGAACCGGAUGCCUGCGAGAGGAGGAUGUGAGCUCUGGGGGAUUUGAUCCAGCAGCAGCUGCGCCGAUUUCGCACCCACCGCGCCGGAGCCUGAGGUAGAAGGCGAGCCCACACCUGCGGUAUCUUAGACAUUCUGUGCCAAUCCAUAUCAUUGUGACUUCUCCAUCCUCCCUCUCCGAUCCCCCUACUCAUCUUACCCCCACCCCAGCUAUUUGAAAGAACUGAGACUUUUGUUUCCUCGGGCAAAUCCCCUGGCAGUUGGCUCAAAAACUUGAGGUGGUGGGGGGAGUGUGCGCCGGGGGGCGGCGGUGGUAACUCUGAUUGCCUGAUCGCAGCAGCCCGCUGCCCUUUGACUCGUUGGGGGCGAUUCCCUGCAGGCGGCCCUCCUGUCGGUGGAAACGGACCGACGGGCGUAGGAAAAAUCCCUUUGCAAACGAGAGCAGCCGCUUCCGCAUCCUCUCCCCUGCCCGCUGACCUGAGCCCCUGGACCCAGGAGCAGCUGAGAAGCUCCAGCGUCUGCAGGACUUUCCGCCAACCUCAGCCACAGACGCGGCUUUCCUCCCCUCCCCUUCUCCAGACAUUAACCAAAAUAUAUCUAUUUAUCUAUCUUAAAAACAAAACCAGCAUCCAGACUGACCAAGCCAUAAGGACGCGUUUAAAGUGUGCCUGUUUUCUGCAGUAAGAUUUGUGCAUUUUUGGGGAGGGGGCGAAGAUAUUUGCGCAUGCCAGGUGCAAAGACAUCUAAUUCUCUUAUACAGUGACUGUGUGUGCGCGCGGGGCUCUGUGCUUGUAUUCUUGAUUGUGUUUUAGCUUCUCAUUUGUUUCGGUAACUUCUGUUUUUGCCUCGGCUGUUCCUUGGACCAGCCAGAAGAAACCUCUGUGCUCCCCUGUGCCUCCAACCUUCCUCUCCUCGCUUCCGAUUUGGGGGGCUGUUGAUCGCCUCUAACUUUAAAGCGGCAGAAAACUGAAACGGGGGUGCAAUUGACUGGCUGGGCAGUCGGGAUCGAGGAGAAGAGCUGAGCCAGCGCGCUAGCUCUCGCACUAUUUCUGUCUCCUCUCCCUGUCUUUCCCAGCCUUUCCACAUCCCAGGCGUUUGGUUCGCCUCCUGAUUCUUUUUGGUCCUGCUCAGUGGGACCUAAUCUUCUUGGCUUCUUCUCCUCGCUUUCCCCCCACCACCACCAAAAAAAAAGAGAGGACAAACAAAAUAGAAACAAAAAUAAAAAUCAACAGGCAGACCAACCAGCCAAGUGAAAGGGAGCCCGUGAAAAGGAGAAGUCACGGAGCCAAGAAAAAUGGAUUCUUUUUUCCCCAUGCUCCUCCUCGAAGCUUUGCUGUGGACCCAGGCGGCAUCCUUGAUCAAUUUAAAAUACUCAGUAGAGGAGGAGCAGAGAGCGGGGACAGUGAUUGCAAAUGUCGCCAAAGAUGCCCGAGAAGCCGGCUUUCUGCUGGACGCUCGGCAGCCCGCCUUCCGGGUGGUCUCCAACUCGGCCCCCCACUUGGUGGACAUCAACCCCAACUCCGGGUUGUUGGUCACCAAACAGAAAAUCGACCGGGACCUGCUGUGCCACCAGAGCCCCAAAUGCGUGAUCUCCCUGGAGGUGAUGUCCAGCUCCAUGGAGAUCUGCGUGGUCAAGGUGGAGAUAAAGGACCUGAACGACAACACGCCCAGUUUCCCCAGCUCCCAGAUAGAGCUGGAGAUCUCCGAGACCGCGAGCCCCGGCACGCGCAUCCCGCUGGACGGCGCCUACGACCCGGACUCGGGCAGCUUCGGUGUGCAAACUUACGAGAUCACGCCCAAUGACCUCUUUGGCCUGGAGGUGAAGACCCGCGGCGACGGCUCCCGCUUCGCCGAGCUAGUGGUGGAGAAAAACUUGGACCGUGAGACCCAAGCCCACUAUAACUACCGCAUCACAGCCCUGGACGGUGGCGACCCGCCGCGCAUGGGCACCGUGGGGCUCAGCAUCAAGGUGAUCGACUCCAACGACAACAACCCGGUGUUCCCGGAGCCCACCUACUUGGUGAGUGUCCCCGAGAACGCGCCCCUUAACACACCCGUCAUCCACCUCAACGCCUCUGACCCUGACGAGGGCACCAACGGCGAGGUGGUUUACUCGUUCUACGGCUUUGUCAACGAGAAGGCUCGCGGCCUCUUCCAGAUCGACCCGCACAGCGGUCUGAUCUCGGUGAGCGGCGCCAUCGACUACGAGCAGGGCCGCGUGUACGAGCUGGACGUGCAGGCCAAGGACUUGGGACCCAAUUCCAUCCCGGCCCACUGCAAGGUCACCGUGAGCGUGCUGGACGUCAAUGACAACGCGCCGGUCAUCAACCUGCUGUCGGUCAAUAGUGAGCUGGUGGAGGUGAGUGAGAGUGCCCCACCGGGAUACGUCAUUGCGCUGGUGCGGGUGUCCGACCGAGACUCGGGGGUCAACGGUCGUGUGCAGUGCCGCUUGUUGGGCAACGUGCCCUUCCGCCUCCAGGAGUACGAGAGCUUCUCCACCAUCCUGGUGGACGGGCGCCUGGACCGCGAGCAGCGGGACCAGUACAACCUCACUAUACAGGCCCGCGACGGCGGCGUGCCCUCUCUGCAGAGUACCAAGUCCUUCACUGUCAAGAUCACUGACGAAAACGACAAUCAUCCGCACUUCUCCAAGGCCUACUACCAAGUCAUAGUGCAGGAGAAUAACACCCCUGGGGCCUAUCUGCUCUCGGUCUCGGCCAGGGACCCGGACCUGGGCCUCAACGGCAGUGUCUCCUACCAGAUCGUGCCCUCGCAGGUGCGAGACAUGCCUGUCUUUACCUACGUGUCCAUCAACCCCAACUCGGGGGACAUCUAUGCCCUGCGCUCCUUCAACCACGAACAGACUAAGGCUUUCGAGUUCAAGGUGUUGGCCAAGGACGGGGGCAAUCCUUCCCUGCAGAGCAAUGCCACCGUCCGGGUCAUAGUCCUCGACGUGAAUGACAAUACCCCGGUCAUCACCGCGCCGCCCCUGGUCAACGGCACCGCCGAAGUCUACAUCCCCCGAAACGCCGGUGUGGGCUACCUAGUGACAGUGGUCAAGGCUGAUGACUACGAUGAGGGAGAGAAUGGAAGGGUCACCUAUGACAUGACCGAGGGCGACCGGGGCUUCUUCGUGAUCGACCAAGCCAACGGCGAAAUCCGCACCACCCGCACCUUCGGGGACAGCUCCAAGACCACUUACGAGCUUAUCGUGGUCGCCCAUGACCACGGCAAGACCUCCCUCUCAGCCUCUGCCUUGGUCUUAAUCUAUCUGUCCCCGGCCCUCGAUGCCCAAGAGUCCGCAGGCUCUGUUAAUCUGUCCCUGAUUUUCAUCAUUGCCCUGGGAUCUAUCGCUGCCAUCCUCUUCGUCACCAUGAUCUUCGUGGCAGUGAAAUGUAAGCGGGACAACAAGGAGAUCAGGACCUACAACUGCAGCAGCUGUCUAGCCAUCCCUCGCCUCUUCUGCCAUUUCAUAAAAAGGCCCAAACGGCAAGUGGAGGGUCUGCGGCUCUGUUUCUCCUGGGAACAGGGAGGAAGGCACAAAAGCAGGGGAGAAACGGAGCCUACCGGGACCAGGAUUGCUGAGUACUCCUAUGGGCACCAGAAGAAAUCGAGCAAGAAGAAGAAAAUCAACAAGAAUGACAUCCGGCUGGUGCCCCGGGAUGUGGAGGAGAAUGACAAGAUGAAUGUGGUCAGCUGCUCCUCCUUGACCUCGUCACUCAAUUACUUCGACUACCAUCAGCAGACCCUGCCCCUAGGCUGCCGCCGCUCUGAGAGCACCUUCCUGAAUGUGGAGAACCAGGGUGGUCGCAAUGCAGGCUCUACCAACAUCUACCACCACACCUUUGCUGUGCAGAGUGCCCAGCAGCCUGACCUGAUCAUCAAUGGGAUGCCCCUGCCAGAGACUGAGAACUACUCCUUCGAUGCCAACUAUGUGAACAACCGAGCCCACAUAAUUAAGAGCAGCUCCACAUUCAAGGACUUGGAGGGGAAUAGCCUGAAGGACAGCGGACAUGAGGAGAGUGACCAGACCGAUAGUGAGCAUGACAUCCAGCGGGGCCUGUACUGCGACACAGCCGUCAAUGAUGUCCUGCAUUCCAGUGGUGCCUCCAUGGGUGCUCAGCUGCCUGACCGUGAUCAAAAUGAAGGCUUUCAUUGCAGGGAAGAGUGCCGCAUUCUUGGUCACUCUGAUAGGUGCUGGAUGCCCCGGAACCCUCUUCCUACUCGGGCCAAGUCCCCAGAUCGUGGAAGAAACAUCAUCACCCUGUCUAUUGAAGCGACAGCUGCCGACGUUGAGGUUUACGAAGACUGCACGACGAAGAGAACUUUUGCAACCUUUGGCAAGGAUGGGGGUGACCAUGCCGAGGAUCGUUCCACCCAGAAAGGCAAGAGAGCGGCAGACCUGGCCAUCUGCAGCCCCAAGGUCACCAGUGCCAUUCGUGAGGCAGGCAACGGUUGUGAAGCCAUCAGUCCAGUCACUUCGCCCCUCCAUCUGAAGAGUUCUCUGCCCACCAAGCCAACGAUGGUCACUUACAGUGCCAUCAUACACUGCCCUGCUACCCACACCGUGGAGCAGUUCCCCAACAAUGGGCCUUCUCGUCCCACUGAAGCAGAGCCACGCGGAGCCGACAGUGAGAAAGUGGUGCGGGAAGUCAACCCUCUUCUGCCUGAAAGUCCCGAGAAAGAGUCCCCGGGAGUGAAGAGGCUGAAGGAUAUCGUGCUGUAGGCUGGACACAUGCAGAGGAGGAGCAACCAUGGUGACAACGGAUACACAGAACAGCCAUGGCGAUGUAUGUGACUCAACCAGCUCAAAAGCUUUUCUGUGGCUCACCAAUGCCUGUAUUUCAAAGGUUUCCCUAAGUGUAUUGUUUGUUUGUGAAUGAUACUGUCAUAAUGUGACAAUCCCUCUUGUUUCAAAGGAGACGAGGGUGUUCAUUUGGAGAAAAUUAGCUUUGGUUUCUGAGGGCCUUGGGGUGGGACAAAUUGAGUUGUAAGAAGUAUUAUGUCUUAAGUAUUUUGGAUUUCUAUAUUUUUCUAUAGUAAAAUUAUAAUGUAAAUGACUAUUGUUUGUGGAGCCGAAACUAGCCCAGACUGGGCCUGGGGCAGAUUUAGUUGGGGGAGGGAAAGGUGCAGAGCACAAUCUAAAGGUGGUAGGAAGGCAUCUCAGAAGAGGGAUGCCAUAGUGAUGGAUUAGGGGCAGCUACCAUCCAUGUCUCUUGAGGACCAUGGCGGGGAAGAACCGGGGACAGCAGUCACCAUGAGGAGGAAGCACACCCUCAUGUGAGUACCCUGGACUGAAAGCUCAUGCACCCUAUUCUAGUUACGGCUCAGAUUAUUUGUAAAGGAUUAAAAAACAAAAAUAAAACAACAACAAAAAAAACAAAAAAGCAAAAAAACCCCAAAAAAACAAAAAACAAAAAACAAUAACACUGCUAUCUGGACAUUUAAUCAACACAUCAAUGUCUCUGUUUGGCAGACAGCGACUGGCUGUUUCCUAGACACUGUACUACCAGGAAUUCAAUGACUUCAAGUCGAAUCCCUACAAAGGACUCUUGGAAAACUCACGCACCUGACAGAUGUUGCUAGUUUCCCAUGGACACCUGCCCACAAAGAAGACUCCGUUUGUUGUCACUUGAUUCUGAUUCAGUGUUUCUGAUUAUCACACUUGUGGUGAUGGCAGCGGGCUUGAAAAGUUGUGUUUCCAAAACAAACCACAGCUCCCUGAACUGGCAGCCACACCACUAGGUACCGCCAGCAGAGAUGGAAAACUUGGGGGAAACGGCACAAUCCUGAGCCCAUGUAAUGAAUGAUGGCUCAUCAUUUGCAAAGUCUUUUUCACAGAGCAAUGAUAGCUCAUUGGAGAGAGGAGUUUUCAGAUAGUCGGCUGCCUAAUUUGCGGGUGUCAGAAAUACUCUGCUGAAAGUUUUAUGAGAUCCGUUUUUCUAAUUUUCAGGCACUGAGCAGGAAAAGUUGUUCCCUGUACUCCUUGGUUCCCAAGUUUCACUAUUCCCUGUCUCCAAUCAUCUAAAACUCAAAAUGACUGAAUCUAUUUAGAGAGAGAAAUUAGCAUGUCUUCAGACCUACACUUCCUGAUUCAGUGUUCACCAAUCAUGAUUGGAAUUAGUUAGCAUAGCUCAUCUCGGGCCUGAAAUUUCAAAUGUUCUUUCUCUGUACCCUAGGCUUCUAAAUAGGGAUAGAGUAAGUAAUAGAAAGUAUAACAUUUAGGCCAACUAGGGGAAACAUAGCAACGUUACUAAUCAAAUUUGUGUGCCUUCCAUAUAGAGAAAAUUGAAAGUUAGUCUUUUUGGAAUGAGCACAUUUCGGGGUGAUUAAAGAUUUGAACACGAAUGAAGACACUAAAAUGAAAACCCAUUAAAUUGACUUAGCUUAACAAACAACCAUAGGCUAGAGUUUAUAACCUAAAGACUUGCUUUUCUUUCUUUUUUUUCUUUUAACCAAACUGACUAUAAUUUGCCAUUUUCUAAAAUUGCUCCCCCCCCAUUUAAAAAAUUCAUUUGCUUAAUUCUCAGCUCAUUCAUUGUGUUUCCUAGCCAAAGGAGCGUGUGUGUGUGUGUGUGUGUGUGUGUGUGUAUGUGUUUAACCCAAGUGUUCAUUAUUUAAAACAAAGCGAAACAAACCAGGUCUGAUCUUCUCUCUGCCUUGAACUUCUAAGGACAAGAGUUGUUUCUCCAUGACCAAGUGUUUUGAUUCUUGUUCUCAUUAGUGUCAACGAUUGAAAUUCAUAGGAGUGCCCAGUAAGAAAGCUUCCAAGGUCAGGGCACAAGCAUUCAAAUGAGAUUGUUCUUUCUUCUUUUUGAGGUUGAGGUAGAUUAGUCAACUCUAUUCCACCAUUUCUGUGGGGUUUUUUUUUGUCCGAGUUUCUGCCUUUGUUCAUCACUAAGAAUGUUUUAUCUAUGUGGUAGUGGUAGGGGGAUAGGGGGGCAGGGGGGGGGAUAAAGAGUUUCGGAAGGAAUCUCUAGUGAAACUGCUGAAUACUGCUACCUCAUGCAAAUUAUUAGCACAGCCUCAAAUUUUCCUCUGAGACUGACACAAUUAGAGAUCAAUCACCAUGCCAUCUACAUGUUUCUGUUCUCACUGGAUUUCAUUCUCUGCUGAUCCCAUGUUCUUUUCCUUUCCGUUUAUUUCCUUCCGAUGGCAGUGCACUGACAUUGAAAUCCUAGAUAGUUUAUUUUCUUUAGCAAUUGACCAUUCUGUUAGAGUAAUAGAAGAAAGAAACCUUCCCCCCCCUUUUAAUGGCUAGUGCUGCCUGUAAAAUGUAGAUUGUGUUCUAACAUCUAUUCUGAUAUUAGGUUGUUAGCUACCACCAGAGGGUCUCUUUGAAGUCAGAUCUGACAGUCUUUACACAGCUGUAGCUCCCACUAUGCUCAGUGGGCACCAGGGAGAUGCAGAGGUUACAGAAAAAGAGAACGCUAAAUGUUACUUUCUGUGGUUGCUGAGCCAUAGAGACCACUGGCUGCCGUGUCUCUUACCGGCAGAGUUGAGAAUGGUUGGAUCAGGCCUGACAGGAUUUUCCCCCCUUUUCUUCCCCCUUCUCCCUCCCCCACCCCUUUCUGUGUCUUAGAAAUCCAGUUUCGCUUUGGAGGCCUGUCCUCUCUCCUUACCUAGAUGCCUUUGUUUCUACUCAAUUAUAUGGAUCUCUCGGUGGACAAUCAGAGAAGUUGUGGCUUCCAAGCCCUCAACUGAGCAUAUGCACGGCACAAAAAUAGCCUUUUUUUCCAACUGCCCUACUUGACCCCUCCUAGGAAACCUCGAAUAGAUCUAGGAAGGCUUUGGGAACCAGGUAAAGCCAGGCUGUGAUAUCUAACCAGAACUGUGUGCAAGGAAACCUAAAUUUCCCUGAGUGGGUGGGGUAAUUGAUGUUUUCUUCUUGCUUCUUCACAGGCCUGAUGAGAGGCUACAAAGAUCAGAGGGCCAAAUAUCCCCAAUCCUCUCUCCCCUCUCCCCCCUUCACACCUCAUCCCUAAACCAUGCCACAUACCUUAACUUGAGGGAAGGACUUUAGCUCCCAAACCAUCAGGAGCCCCUGUUCCAUUUAAUCUGAUGUCCCACAAUGAGAGGCAUGGGAGUUGAAGAGCAGUAACAGCUCUGUUACCAACAGCCUUGGGUAUCUCCCGAGGCUGGAAGCGCCUCCGUACAAAAUGGAGGUUUUAGUUUUAGUUUCAUUGAUUGAUAUUUUUUCCCAACUCUGGGAAUAUAAUAUAUGGGGACUAAGGAGUAGAAAACCAUGCAGUGUGGAUUCUCCUAUUUUCUUUCCCCUAUAAUAAGGUGUGAACCUGGUCAGAUGAAGCCUCCCUCAUCCCUGCCACCCUACCAAAAGACGAUGGGUGACAUUACCACCAACCUUCUUGCUGUAUAGAUGAUGGGCACAAGGAGCCCACAGUUCAUCUUGAAGGAACAAACCUACCGACUAGAACUGUCGACAAGAGAUGUCGAUUCAUGAAUUCCAUAGGCGACAACACACUGGCUUCCAGUCAAAAAUGCUUGAGGAAACAUAGCG